AUGGCGCUUGAUUUUGCUGCGACUUACAAAGUUCUGGUCCUGGGUGACUCAAACGUAGGCAAGACGUGCAUCGUACACCGCUAUUGCGACGAACGAUAUUACGACGUGUAUAUCGCCACCAUUGGUCUGGACUUCAAACAGAAAAUCAUCAACUUAGACGGGACGCCGAUAAAACUGCAGAUAUGGGACACUGCGGGCCAGGAGCGGUUCCGUACUCUGACGACGGCCUACUACCGCGGCGCCAUGGGCAUCCUCCUCAUGUAUGACGUCACCAGCAUGGAGUCCUUCAACCACCUGUCGUACUGGCUGCGAAACAUACAGGAGAAUGCAUCCCCGGAUGUGGUGAAAGUUCUCGCCGGCAACAAGUGCGACGCGGUGGCUGAGAGGGCGGUGGAUGCGGAACGUGGCCAGAAGAUUGCUGAAAACUUUGACAUGCCAUUUUUUGAAGUUUCAUGCAAACAGAACAUAAACAUCGAAGAAGCAUUCCUGACGUUAGCCAGGAGAAUAAGAGAGCAGCGGGAGCGCAGGGCGAGCCUCUUUGACAGCAACGAGAAGUCCGAAGGCUCCAAAGUGGACCUGAGCAAGUCGAAACUGCCCGCCGGAGCUGAGUCGUGGCGCUGCGGCUGCUAG